UCUCCUCCUCCUCCUCCCUCUUCCCUCCUCCUCCUGCCGCUCCUCCCGCCGCCCGGCCCGGCCCGGCUCCGCUCGCCAUGGGAGAUGUGGUCUCCACGCACCUGGACGAGGGUCGCCGCCAGCACAUCGCGGAGAAGACGGGGAAGGUGCUGGGCGAGUUCUGCCGGUGCUACAAGGAGCAGUUUGGGGUAGCUCUCUUCAACAGCGUCCGCUAUGAGAUUGAGGGCGCCGGGGGCCCGCAGGCCCAGCUGCUCCACCGCAAGGUUCCACUGGAGGACCACGUCAUCUACUCGGGCAACAUCUUCCAGUACAUCGAGGAGAACAAGAAGUGGAGGAACCGCUUCUGCGUGGUGCCGCACAACUACGGGCUGGUCCUGUACGAGAACAAACUGGCCUACGAGCGGGAGCUGCCGCCCCGGGUGCUGGUCAACAGUGCUGGCUACAAGAUCCUCACCUCCGUGGAGCAGUACCUGGAGCUGGUCAACAACAGUCUGCCUGGUGUGACCCCCAAAUCUGGGCACUCCCCCAUCCUGAAGUGCCCCACGGAUUUCCCGCUGAUCCUGUGGCACCCCUAUGCCCGGCACUAUUAUUUCUGUGUGAUGACGGGCAAGGAGCAGGAGAAGUGGCGGGCGGUGUUCCAGGACUGCGUGCGGCACUGCAACAAUGGGAUCUCCGAGGACUCCAAAGUGGAGGCUCCGGCCUUCACGGACGCCAUCCGCAUGUACCGGCAGUCCAAGGAGCAGUACGGCACCUGGGACAUGCUCUGCGGGAACGAGACCCAGGUCCUGAGCAACCUGGUGAUGGAGGAGCUGCUCCCCGAGCUCAGGAGCACCAUCGGCCCCCGGCUGAAGGGCAAAGCCCCGGAGCGCCAGCGGACCUGGAUCCAGGUGUCAGAUGCUGUCUAUAGGAUGGUCUACGAGCUGGCCAAGUCACAGUACGACGCUGCAGUGGCCAGGUGCGAGCAGGAGCGGCCGCAGCUGGAGAGCACCAUCCGCACGGACAUGGACCAGAUCAUCACCUCCAAGGAGCACCUGGCCAGCAAGAUCCGAGCCUUCGUCCUGCCCAAGGCAGAGGUCUGUGUCCGUAACCACGUCCAGCCCUACAUCUCCUCCAUCCUGGAGGCCCUGAUGACCCCCACGAGCCAGGGCUUCGCCGAGGUGCGGGAGGUGUUCUUCAAGGAGGUGACCGACAUGAACAUGAACGUCGUCAACGAGGGCGGCCUGGAGAAGCUGGUGGAGUACAUGGAGAAGCUCUCCCACCUGGCCUUCCACCCCGUGAAGAUGCAGUCGUGCUAUGAGAAGAUGGACCAGCUGAAACUGGAGGGUCUCCAGCAGCGAUUCGAUGUCUCCAGCACGUCUGUCUUCAAGCAGAGGGCCCAGAUCCACAUGAGACAGCAAAUGGACGAUGCCGUGUACACCUUCGAGACGCUGCUGCACCAGGAGCUGGGCAAGCUGCAGGGCAAGGAUGACCUGUGCAAGUCCAUCCAGCGCAUCCUUGAGAGGGUGCUCAAGAAAUUCGACUACGACAGCAGCACGGUGAGGAAGAAGUUCUUCAGGGAGGCCCUGCUGCAGAUCACCAUCCCCUUCCUGCUGAAAAAGCUGGCACCCACCUGCAAGGGGGAAUUAGCCAAGUUCCAGGAGCUGAUCUUCGAGGACUUUGCCAGCUUCAUCCUGGUGGAGAACACCUACGAGGAGGUGGUGCUGCAGUCGGUGAUGAAAGACAUCAUGCAAGCUGUGAAGGAGGCGGCCGUGCAGCGCAAGCACAACCUGUACAGGGACAGCAUGGUGAUGCACAACAGCGAUCCCAACCUGCACCUGCUGGGCGAGGGCCUGGCCAUCGACUGGAGCGAGGAGUACAGCGGGCAGCCCGAGGCCGAGCCGGCCGCUGACCGGCGCCGCAGGGCCAAGCAGGUGGUGUCGGUCAUCCAGGACGACGAGGGGGCCCUGCCCUACGGGGUGGUGGCCGAGGCGCUGCUGCAGCCCGGCUCCCCCGAGCCACGGGAGCCGGAGGAGGCAGAUCCCAGGGUGCCGCCGAGCCCCCCGGGUGCGGUGAAGGAGAUCCGGGAGGCGCUGGCUCAGGAGAGCCGCGGGGAUGGCGCCGAGGAGCGGCUGACGAACGGCACCGAUGCCGCCGGCGGUGCCAGCGAGGAGGGGGUGCUGCUGGCAGGGGCGGCCCAAGGGGCUGUCACACACCAAGGUCCAGCCCGGGACGGGGUGCAGUGUGCCACAGCAGCACCGCCAGCACCUGGAGCGGAGAUCCCAGCAGGGACUGGGACACAACGUGCCACGCCAGCGUCACCUGUCCCCGGAGCCGAGGUCCCAGCGGGAGCUGGGACACGCCGGGCUGCACCGGCACCGCCUGUGCCCGGAGCUGAGGUGUCAGCAGGGGGGCAGCGUGCCACAGCAGCGUCACCUGGCCCUGGAGCUGAGGUCCUGUCAGGGGCUGGGCAACAGCGUUCUGCACCAGCAUCCCCCGUGCCCGGAGCCGAUGUCCCAUCCGAGGCUGAGGUGCCACAAGCCACACCAAGAUCAUCUGUGCCGGCAUCCCCUGUGCCCGGAGCCGAUGUCCCAUCCGAGGCUGAGGUGCCACAAGCCACACCAAGAUCGUCCAUGCCGGCAUCCCCUGUGCCCGGAGCCGAUGUCCCAUCUGAGGCUGAGGUGCCACAAGCCACACCAAGAUUGUCCGUGCCAGCAUCCCCCGUGCCCGGAGCUGACCCCCCAUCAGUGUCCAGUGUGCCACACGCCACGCCAGCACCACCCAGCCCCCGAGCCGAUGUCCCAGCAGAGGCCACGGUGCCCCACGCCACGCCAGCACCACCCGGAGCCCAGAGCCCGUCAGCAGUGUGCGCCCAGCGCAGUGACCACGAGCCAGGCGAGCCCGGGGAGCGCAGCCCCCCACGGCCCAGGGGCACCACGGAGAGCGGUGAGGGGGUGCAGACUGAGUUCUAGCCCCAGCCCCUGCCAUGGACUGGCCCCGGUGACACCGGGGCUGGGGAGGGGGACAGGACCCCCGGGGAUGGAGAGCAGCACCGCGGGAGAGGGAGGGGAUGGGGACACCGAGACCUUACUGCCUAACGGGGGUCCCGCUGCCGUGGGGGGCUGGCAACAGCCACAGCCCCGACUGGGUCGGACUGGGGGUGGCCCCAGCCUGGCACGGGGCAUCCCCUGCGCUCUGCUCUGUCCUUCUUCUGCCUUAUUUUCUUUCCUACUGAGGAGAUGCUUUACUGAGGAGCUUUAUCUGCCCCCCACACAGUGCCCGGGGCUGCCGGGGGGCUGGCACUAGCCCUGCUGAGGGUGGGUGUGUGGGGACACUCCUGGCUGUCCCCUGGUUGUCCCCUGCCCCAAUCUGGGGCGUUUCCUGGCAGCCUGCCCACUGCCAUCCCCCGCCGGUGGGAUGCAGUGCCGGUGGGAGCGGGGCUGCAGGGGAUGAUGGACAAUGGGAGGGCAAACGGGGGCACGGCAGGGCCAGCAGCGCUGGGGGCUUGAGCCACUGCAGAGGGGGCAACAGCUGGGGCGGGCUGGGCUCCUGGUGGCCAAGAUGGGCUCACAGCUUCCAGGCUGAGCUCAUGGCAUCCAGGCUGGGCUCACAGCACCCAGGCUGGACUCCUGGUGCCCAGGCUAGGCUCAUGGCACCCAGGCUGGGCUCACGGCACCCAGAGCCCACCCCCAGCCAUCCUCACCCCGAGGUCUCCUGGCAGCUGUUUUAAGUUCAGAGUUCAGUCCCCAGGGCAAGGUAGCACUGGGGCCGUGUCCCAGCUGUGCCUGGCAGGACUGGGCUAAUUCCAGGCUCAGAUCCCUGGGGACUGGAGACAUCCCAGCCCUUGCCCUCCAGAGCUCCCCAGCUCCUUCCACGGAUGGUUUCUCCAGCGUUGCAGAUUUUGGCUCCUGCUGUGAUGGCCGAGCAAGGAGCAGGGGUUUGCUGACCCCCCGCCAGCCCUGCCCAUGUGGGGAGGGGGACAGGGCGGCUGCAGCCCCCACACAGCGAUGCCAAAAGCCCUGGAGGUGCUGGGGGUCUCAGGACUCCCGGGUGUGACACCUGGAGCAGGGCCCAGCGCCCCGACACCCACCUGUGCUUAGGUGCCACCUUGCUGCCUCAGAAGGGGGGUGCCCAGCCUAACCCACUCAGGGGGGCCCCCAAAGUGCCUCGGGAGGCCCCCCUCAAAGUGCCUUUCUCUGUGACCUUCCAACCUGUCUCUUCCAGGAUAUUUUAUUAAGAAAGUUAUACAAAUGUUUAAAGAUAUGCUUAUAAUAAUUAAUAAAAUGGAAAAGCUUUAUUUAAA